AUGGAAGAGUUGUCACUCCCACUCCUAUCUCUGCAGAGGCACUGUUGUGGGAGCAUCUUCUUGUUGGAUGAAGAAACGCCUAAAGCAAUGAUUCAUGCAACGAACAGUGAGCAAACCUCCUGCAAAGUUGAUUAUGGAAUGCAGUUGGAUAUUAUCACAGGGAAAAUGCCGCUGAAGCCGCCACCUGACUGCGUCCCGCCUGAAACCCAGCUACAAGCCGUGCCAAUUUACAAAGUCUAUUUGCUUCCUGACUUUGCAAAUCGGCCAGCCGAGUGUGGCUUGUACCUGGGUUUUAGGCGGGAUAUUAAUCAGGCAUUUCAAGCCACUCAUUUAAAGAAAAGAUUGAUCAAAUCACAUGUUGUAAAACUAAGUCCAAAUGAUGGUGCUGUUCUGGCAAAAAUGGUGCUGGUGUUUAGGUUCAUUGCUUCAGAUAGUAAACAGGCACGCUUAACAACUGUUAACACUGUUUUGGUGAGGAGGCUGAAGUCAUCAACAUGGCCCUUGAGUAUUGAUUUGUCAUCUUACAGUCUCACAGAAAUCAAUGCAGAAAAUGGUGAACAUAUUCUCAGCAAUUGUUGUGGAACACGAAUGUUCAAAAGUGGGGAGAGAAUCUCUGGAGGAAGCAUUGCAGGGGAAGGGGAAUGGCCAUGGCAAGCUAGUCUACAGCUAAAUGGUGUCCAUCGCUGUGGGGCGACAAUAAUCAGUGACAGAUGGCUUGUAUCUGCAGCUCACUGCUUUAGAGGAGUCUCGGAUAUCAACAGUUGGACGGCUACCUUUGGAGCACGUAUAAGGACUCCAGCAACGAGAAGGAAACUUCGUCAGAUCAUAGUUCAUGAACAUUAUGCUAACAGCGUAAUGAACCAUGAAUUUGAUAUUGCUGUUAUAAAGGUCUCACCCCCUUUACAGUUUACACCGGCUGUACAUCAUAUUUGUCUUCCAGAGGCUACGCAGGUUUUUCCAGAAAAUACCUCUUGCUAUGUCACAGGAUAUGGUGCACUGAUAGAUGAUGGUCCCAGUGUUGGUGAACUUCGUCAAACAAUAGUGGAAAUUAUAAGUAAUGAGGUAUGCAAUAGAAGGGAAGUAUACAAUAGAGCCAUUUCACCUGGCAUGCUGUGUGCUGGAUACCUGGAAGGAGGGAGUGAUGCCUGCCAGGGUGAUUCCGGUGGUCCAUUGGUUACAGAUGAUUCCAGAGGAAUAUGGACCCUUGUUGGCAUAGUGAGCUGGGGUGCUGAAUGUGCUAGGCCAAACAAGCCUGGAGUUUAUACACGAGUGACUUAUUAUCGCGACUGGAUCGCAGCCAUGACUGGAGUCUGA